AUCCUAGGUUAAAGUUGCUGUGUCUGCUCGCCGUCUUUAUUUGCUGGUACUGAGCCAGCACUGGAUUUAGAGGGAUAAAACAUCAUCUUGCUCGGUGAACACCUACACGGCAGGCAGGAGCUGAAACUGCUGUGCAUGUAGUUAUCAUCUAAGCAGUGAAGUGACUGCAGCAUCACGUAAGGCAGCGGCCAAAGUCCCAGGCUUGCCUGCAGUGCAGCAAGAUGUCUUCCCAGUGCAAGCUGCCCUGCCUGCCCCCUUCUGCCUGCACAGGGGAGGCUGCACACACUGACACUUGCCCAUUGCAUUGUGCCAUGGUGGACCUGGACGCUCUGUGCCCUGUGCAGGAUAUGCAACCCUGUCCUGAGCAGACUUUCCAGGUGGACCCCUGCCCAUGUCAGGGUGCAGCCACCUGCCUGGAUGCUUGCCCUCAGGUUGGGCCCCCCUGCCCACCUCCUGCUGUCCCUGUGCCCAGGGACAGCUGCUGCCCUGAGCACAUAGCUGCCUGGGACUCCUGCACACCUCCAUGUGUAGGUGCCUGUGCAUGCCCAGCAGCGAUCCCCUGUGACGCCCCUCAAAGCAAGGGAGGGACCAGCUUCCCAUUCCAGCCCACAGUCUCACCAAUGGCACCCUGCACACCUGAGACAGUUGGGAUGAGCAUGGAAACCUUCCCCCUCCAGCAUGCAAUCUCGCCAGUGGAUCCCUGCAUCCCUGAGACAGCUGGGAGCUGUGUAGAAACCUUCUCCAUGCAGCACCCAACUUCAGAAAAGGAUCCCUGCACCCUCAAGACAGUUGGGACCUGUGCGAAGACCUUCCCCCUCCAGCAUGCAAUCCCAACGGUGGAGCUCUGCCUUUCUGACACAGCUGGGAUGUGCAUGGAGACCCUCCUCCUCCAGCAAGGAACCUCACCAGUGGAGCCUUGCAUCACCGAGACAGCUGGGACCUGCAUGGGAAACAACCCCUUUGAGCACCCAGUCUCAGCUGUGGAGCCCUGCACCCUCGAGGUGCUCGAGACCUGCACAGAAGAGCCCUGCUGUGCUCAGGGUGCGAUCAUUGGUGAUCCCUGCCUCAAUCAGAGCUUGGUUGCAUGCAUGGAUCCCUCCACAUCCCAAAGUGUGAUUUUUACGGAGCCAUGCGUGUCCCAGAGCACCGCAGAACCCACAGGGACAUGCACACCCCAGAGCACUGCAGGACCCACAGACACCAGUUCUACAAAGGGCACAGCCAAGGGUGCCGGUGCCCACCCGUCCCCAAGAGCACCUUUCCACCUGAACACCCGCACCGCCACCAUCGUGGAGCGGUGCCUUUCCAGGUGUCAAAACUGGCUGCGAGGCAAGAACUAAGAGUGGCAUCAGUGGGCACACAGUAAGAAGUUUCCCUGCAUAAAUGAGACCUCCUCUGGUGAGUCUCUUGGUUUCUCAUGUGUAACAACAA